AUGAAGACGUUGUCAGUUGCAUUGACGUGUGGAGCGCUUGCAGUAGCUCUCAACUCGUUCUUCUUGGUCGACCACUCUUCUCAACCAACAACUCCAUCACUCACUACUGGACAGCAUGGAUACUUUCGACCUCAUGAUGACCAGGUCUAUGGACUUCCAGGGAACAGCUCAUCCGCUUACUUCCGUAGCCCAUGCCCAGCUCUCAAUACUCUGGCAAACCAUGGCCACAUCCCCCGAGACGGGAAGAACCUGACCCCUGCAGUUUUGGGUGACGGGAUCAUGAAAGUCUACAACUUUGAUAAGAAAGUACUGGACGUUAUCUUCCUCGCUUUACCGUCAAAGUUCACGCUCGCCGACCUUGGAGGCCCCAACUUUAUCGACCAUGAUGCUUCGUUAGUUCACGAUGACUCGUUCUUCCAAGUGGAGCCGUUCAAAGUCAACAAGACUCUUGUGGGCGAGCUGUUAGCAAGUGCUGAGCAUAUUGGGGGACACAGUGGUCGGGUGCUUACCACGAACACAAUGGCUCGCUUCCGGCGUCGUCGAGAGAUCGAGUGUGCUCGGGACAACCCGAAGUUCAGUAUGAGUGCGUUGGCUAGCUUCGUGGCCAACGGUGAGGCCUCGUUCGUCUUGCAAGGCUUGGGCGACUACACUAUCUCGGUGGAACACGCUCAAUCUUUCUUGGUGGAUGAACGAAUCCCCACAGACUACCGUCCAUCCAAAACACCGAUAACCAUCACGAGUGUACUCCUCGCCAUUGCAGAGCUGAAAAUUCGAGCUUGGCUGGGCUAA